UUCCGCAACUGCACAUUUAGAGAGACAAGAGAUUGAAGAGAGAGAAAACGCAGUCCCUCUCAGAGAGAAGAAACCAAUGGCGGAGGCUGGUGGUCCGCUUGAUUUUGAGUUUGAAGAGCCGAUUCAGUUUUCCCCUGCUCCACCGAAGAAAAGGAAGAAACUUAUUGGGCUGGAUGAUCUCUUGCAUGAUAUUCAGAAAGAGCAAAAGAGACUUGAUGAGAAAAAACUCAAACAAAAGAAGAUACGAAAGGCUUUUGAUGCAGAAGAUGAUGAAGAGGAUGCUGAAGCGGCACUACUGUCAGAAUGUGUUGACAAAUGCGAGAAAGAGAUACGUCAAAUAAAUGGUGAUGAACAAAUUCCCUACUGGGGAAUACAAGUUUUUGGAGAUCAGGAGAAGUUGCCUCAGCUGGAGCAUCCAGAACUGAAGAGCACUGGUCUCAUGCAGUUAUUAUUGGAUAAGAAGAUCAGUCCAUUGCUGGAUUUAAACUUUGAGAAAGGUGAAGAUUUCCUAGAAGGAUUGUUGGCGGAUGGCUGGUUACUGCACCUUGUGCGUGCCUCUGGCUGUGUUGACAAAUCUAUUGCAACAUGGGCAUUUAACUUAAUGUUAUAUUCAUCAAAUAUGAGGUUGAUGCAAGCUUCCUGUGACUUCUGGUCUGCUAUAUUCUCAGUUAGAGAUAAGCAGCCAGAUACUUGUAAUAUCAAGAUUGACUGGUUACCUAGUUAUUCAGAUCUGAAGAGAGCUCUCCAGACAUAUGGCUUUUCUUUUGAUUUAUUUUCUAAGUCUUCAGCAGACAUUGAGAUGGUUUCUGCUGAUUCUGUAAUAGCAGGACCACCGCAAAACAUUCAAUGUUGGAUAAAGUUUGUUGGUUUCUGCUGCCAAUCAAGGGAUGCUGAUAUAAUCGCCUCAACUCAAGAAGUACAAGAAUUGCUGGUUAUAAUUAUCUCACUCUUUCUAGAUCGACAACUUGUAGGACUAGCUGCUAUAUUGCAUGAGAGCUUGCACUCAUUACUUAAUUCCUUCAAAGAGGAGUGGCCCAACUGCUGUGAUAACGUAGCAAAAUCUGUAGCGUCAAGAUUGCCUUGCAAUAUAAAUUGUUUAAGAGUGGUGGAGAGUAUUAGGGGAGACAAUGAGAGAAGUAAGCAGCUUCGAAGUGCAGUUGCACUACGAUUUCUAGCAGCAAUUUUAAAAAAGAAGGUAAGUAACGCAGCGAUUAUCCUAAGAUCGCUGACUGCUAUGAAUGUAAAGGACAAGAACUGCGAUCUCUUCCAAAUGUAUAUAUGCUUGAGUCUGGCGGAGAACUGGAUAAGCUUUGACACCCUGUCAAAAGACAAAGCAGCAAUACACGAAUUAUGGUUCACUUGUCUCCGUAAUUGCUCUUCUGGGAUCUCUAUCACCGAUUUGAGGUCAUAUGCUUCGAACGUCCGCAGCAAAGCUUCGUAUCUUCUUCAAAGCAGCGCGAGUAAGUGAUCCGUAUCUUCUUACAUGAUGAACUUGCGUUGUGUCUUGUGAUGAUUUUGCAACUCUGCUUACUGCUUAAGAUAUUGUUAGUGUUAGAUCUAUUAUUAGUGUAAAAAGUUUUUAUCAUUUCAAAAGUUGUGUUCACUACAAUUUGGCUGAAGAUUGUAGUGUUUUGCUUAAAUUAACCACUUAAUUAAGAAAAUUGAUGCGUUUGAGUUUCAGCCAAAUA